AAGGAGCUGCAGUCAUAACAUCUUCAGCCUUCACACAGGGCAUCUCUUCUCUUCAGCUUCACUUCAUUGAAUCAUCUGCUGCAUCUGUCACCAUGAGGACCCUGGCUGCUCUUCUGGCUCUGGUGCUGGUCAUCUCAGUUAGUGCUCAGUAUGCACCAACUACAUCAAGUUGCUGUAAAGAAUACUAUGUGUCCGGGGCGAUCCCUGAAAAAAAGGUUGUGUCUUACUUCAAAACCAGCAGCAGCUGCUACCUGACUGCUAUUGUGCUUAAAACAGUGGCAGAUAAGGAGUUCUGUGUGAAGCCUGAUCUGAAAUGGGUUCAGAAGAUCGUCACCAAGUUAGACAGGGUGACAGGAGCCCCUACAGCCAGUCCUUGAAUGAAUCCUCAGCAUCUACGGCCGACCGUCUUGAGAAGUCCCAACUGGACUCAUGCUAAUUUAAACUACUUCAAUCUGUUUUAGUUUGUACAAAAUCAGUGUUGUGUUACUGUGACAACUGUCUGGAAAUAUUUCAUUUGUUCCAUUACAAAUGUUGUUGCUGAGGUACUAUUUGUAA